UUUGAUGAAAUAUAAAAAAAACCAGUACCUUUAAUCACCAUGGAUACAUUUAUCUGUGGAUCAUGUCAGAUGACCUUCAAUGACAUAGAACAAUUUGUUAUCCACAAAAAAGAUUGCAAUGUUAAUCUUUUGCCCCCAACAAGUCAGCCAGAAACACAGAGUGGUCAACAAGUUGAGAAUGAAAAUGUUGGCCAUGUAGUAGUUUCAACAGCAGAUUCCAAUGCUGAGGACCAGGUGAUGGCAUUUCCCGAGGGAAGCCGCGUGGUCACCACAGAGGUGGUAGAUUCUGUGACUGGAGAACAGCAGACCGUCAUCAUUAUACAACCUGCCCCAGGAUCUGAGAUGCCAGGGUCACAAGGGGUCACUCUAGAUGGUCAGACUCCAGGUUCAGGAAAAAAGAGAGGUCGACCUAAAAAGGAAAAACAAACGGAUUCAAUUCCAGUAGCAAAGGUGCAGAAAGUGGAAAAACCUUCAGUUCCAGAAAUGGGUGCUGAUGGUAAACUUUACUGUAAAGCUUGUAAAAAGUCUUUCCACAAGGAGAGAUUUUUUAAGACACACAGAUGCAUGCCAACAACAGACUAUGUUGACAUCACAAAGAAGAGUGUUCUCACUGUGGAAUAUGGUGAGAAUGAGGAAGCAGUGUCAGCUUCAGAAGAUGAAGAAUUAGACAAUGAUGAAGACAAGGAUUUCAGAGUCAGUGACUACAAACUGAAGGAUGCAGAGGAAGAGGAAGACAAUGAAUUAGAGGAGGAUGGUGAUGAAGAAGAAAGAGGGGAAGGUAAACCAAAGAAAAAGCGAAGAUCUUACAAAGUCAGGAUGGAUGCUGAUGGUGAUGAGAACAAAGGGGCUCGUCCAACGGAUCAAAUUGGAGACGUUCCUAUAUUUAGAACGGAGGCUGAGAAGUCUCUUUUUGAGCAGAGCUUAAAUGUAGAUCUGAGUUUUGUGGACAAUCUUUUUCGACAGCAUAUGAUUGAGCAGGAUUUAAAUGAUAAAGCUCCCGUGGCAUCUCGUAUGACAACCAACACACUGAGUCUGUACUCUUGUAACAUGUGUGAUAAAAUCUUUAAGACUUUGUCUCACAUGAGAUUGCAUUGCUUGACUCACACUGAUUCUAAGCCAUUCAAGUGCCCAAAGUGUCCCUACAGAAGUAAUGGAAAAGGAAACCUCUACACACACAUGAGGAAACACACAGGGCAGUAUUUCCGAUGUAAGUUUUGUGACUUCAAGUCUGUGAACAAAAGCCAUGUUCUGGAACAUGAGGCUGUACAUAGCAAUGUAAGACACCAGUGUGAUCUCUGCAAGAAAGACUACAACACUUUAAAGUCCCUCAUUAAUCAUAUCAGAAAGUAUCAUAAAAACAGCCCUAAGGGUGAGGAGUACCUGUCCUCCUUUCUUCAGGGUGGUCGCCAAAGGGGUGCAACAGUUAUUCAUCAAUGCCAUGUGUGUAACAGAAAAUUCAAAAAGAAGAUAGACAGAGAUCGUCACCUGUAUGUACAUGAUAUCAAGGAUAUCCCAACUAUUCAGAUGUGUUCACUUUGUGAUUAUACAGCCAGUCGGAAAGUUUAUCUGGAAAAACAUUUUCAGAAGCACCGGGUCAUUUACAGAUGUGUGAAGUGUGAAGAGAAAUUCCUGAGUACCAUUCGUCUAAUUGACCACCUCACCAACACACAUUUACAAGAUGAUGCCACUACUAAGUGGGAAAGCAUGUUUGAAGAAUGUAUCAACAACAGCUUGUAUCUCCCUGAGCCUGAUGAGAUGCUGAGCUCAGCCGAGAAAGAGCUGGUCAGUCUCCCUGCUGAGCUAUCUCAGACCGAUCUGGAGGGCAAGGCCAAGGUGGAGGUGGAACAAGUACCAGGGGAGACAACUGGAACUAUUGAGGCAGUGCAGGGUGGGCAGGAUCUUCCAAUGUCUGAAACAGAGGGGCAGAAUGUAGAUGAAGUAAAACCUGAGGUAACACCAUCUGUGGAGGAAGGGAAUAUCAAAACCGAGGAAAAGGACGAUGAACAAAUUGAAGACAAUGACCUCCUAACUUCUGAUCCUCAGUCUUCCUCAAAAAAUGAAAACGCUUCAUCCCAAGCUGAGGAAGCUCACCUUCCUCUUGCAGAUCAGGAAAGUAGCACAGUUAAUGAAAAUGAGGACACUGUUUUGUCCUCUACUGAGGAAACUGGUGGAACAUCAAUUGAAGAGAAUGUCCUCGAGAUUCCAAAGGAGGAGAAAUUAGAUUCUGCAGACCUCAUCAAAACCUUAGGGUACCGUCCUCUAACCCUGCAGGUAUUUCACAAAAUGAGGGAGACAUUUGGGCACGAAGAAUGUGAAUACUGCGGAAAGUUGUAUUACAACAAAAUGGACUACGAUCAGCAUGUCAGAACACAUACAGGGGACAACCCAUAUCCAUGCUCUAUUUGUGGAUACCGUGCCUUAUCAAGGGAUAGUCUGCAGUCUCACAAGGCUACGGAGCAUGAAAAGUUGUCUUUCCCUUGUAAGGAGUGUGAGUUUACAGCCAACAGUCGGUCACAGUUGUGGAAUCACAGCCUCAAACAUUCUGGUUUUGGAGAAGACAUGGGCAUUGAGUGCCCUGAAUGUCAACAAAAACUGCCAAGUUGGACAUUGUUUAAAGACCAUGUUAGCGAGGCUCAUCCUGACAGCAAGAACAAAGAACUGAACAAGUUGCAUAUUUAUGCAGGCUUAGAGAGCUCCCCCAAACACAAGGUUCAGGGGAAAAUUGGCCGCCGAAGUUACAAGUGUCCAUACUGUGAUAAAAUGUUCUUCCGUGCAAACUCAGAACUGCAAAAACACAUCUGGAUUCACGAGGGAGUGAAGCCAUUUAAAUGUCCUUUGUGUCCCCAUGCCUGUAGGAGUAAGAACAACCUACAAGCUCACAUGUUAAGACAUUCCAAUGAGAAACCCUACACCUGCACAGACUGUAACAAAGCCUACAAAUCAAAAACAGCGCUACGGUGGCAUGUCAGGUCCCAUAAAUCAGGAAGACUCUUCAAGUGUAGCAAGUGUCCUUAUGAGGCAACUCAGGCAGCCCACUUGAGACGCCACAUGGAAAUUCACAAUGUCAUCAAGAAGUAUGCCUGCCAGCACUGUAGCUACACAGCAAAUACUCUGAGUUAUCUAAAGGUCCACCACACAAGGAGUCACAAAGGAGUGCCCUACAAAAAUGUAGAUGUUCCUGUGGUAGAAGAGACAGGACAUGAUUCUACUGGGGCAUCUCAGGUUUACAGAUGUUUAAGCUGUGACUACUUGUUUGGAAACUUGACAGAUCUAAAGAGACAUUUAAAGAUCAGACAUCAUCUGACACUCACAAAUUUUGCUGGAUUGGAUGGAGAUAAAUCAACUACCAUAACAAAUCUGACAGAACCAGUGACAUCAUUUCCAGAAGAGAGUUCCACUACUGGUAUGAUGACAGAGGUAGGCCAGGACAGUGCUGUACCAGAAAUCAAUGAGGUCCAUACUGUAGAUGCCUCAGCAACAGAGAUAGAUUCCUCAAAUUUGGAUGCGAAAACUGCCUCAGCUGUCAAUAUUUUACAACAGAUAUUUGGAAUGUCACAACAGAAUUCUGGUGGACCACAACAAUUCACCAUACAGUCUGAAUCAGGAGAGGUAAUGACUGUUAAUCCAGAAACUAUUAUAGUCCAAGAAGGUGGGGAACAAGUCUUAGUAACUGACGGGAACCAGCCAGAAAAUGGACACCAGCAAUACGUUAUCCAGUAUGUCAACCAGGAUCAAAUAGAGAACUCCAUGGUGGAGAUUCAGACCAUUCAAGAUGUUCAACAUUUCCAGACUAUUGAACAAGAAAUCAUUCAUUCCAUGGAAGCCCAACCUCUUGGGGACAAUGUUGUUGAGCAGCAAAUAGUGCAGAGCUGAUAUUAAUCAUUCCUUUUAAAUUCAUUUUAAAAAUUCCCUAUUAUGGAGGAUAUUAUAAUUAUUAUUUAUGACAACAAACAGAUCUAGACUUAAGUAUAAUCAUCAAUAUCAGUGGAUCUUUGGCUAUGAAAGAAAAUUCCUUGUAAAUUUUUUGACAACAGCCAAAAACCAUUGUGAUCUUUCUCUGAUGAUGAAUAAAAAAAUGUAAGG